AAGUGCCCGGCCGCCACCGCACACCGCACCUGCGAGCCAGCAACCUCGCGCAGCUCUCGGCGCAAUGGACCCGGCGUUGGCCGCGCAGAUAAGCGAGGUGGUGGCGGAGAAGAUGCUCCAGUACCGGCGAGACGAGUCAGGAUGGAAGAUUUGCCGGGAAGGCAACGGAGUUUCAGUUUCCUGGAGGCCGUCUGUGGAGUUUCCAGGGAACCUGUACCGAGGAGAAGGCAUUGUGAAUGGGACACCAGAGCAGGUGUGGGACUGUGUGAAGCCACUUGCUGGGACCCUACGAGAUAAGUGGGAUGAGAAUGUGAACAGUUUUGAAAUUAUCGAAAGCAUCACUGAUACACAGUGCGUCAGCAGAACCACCACCCCCUCGGCCGUCAUGAAGCUCAUCUCUCCCAGAGACUUUGUGGACCUGGUGCUGGUCAAGACGUAUGAGGAUGGGACCAUCAGUUCCAACGCUACCAGUGUGGAGCAUCUGUUAUGUCCCCCAAAGCCAGGUUAUGUGAGAGGAUUUAACCAUCCUUGUGGUUGCUUCUGUGGACCUCUGCCAGGGGAGCCCAACAAGACCAGUCUGGUCACGUUCUUCCAGACCGACCUCAGCGGUUACCUUCCGCAGGGCGUGGUGGACUCCUUCUUUCCCCGCAGCAUGGCCGGGUUUUACGCCAACCUCCAGAAAGCAGUGAAGAAAUUCUACGGCUGACAUCCUGGCUGGUGGGCCGAGAACUGCCAUGACUCAGCGGAGCUGCCAUUGUUGGGACGCAGCUGGAGAGCCUGGGAGAACACGGGCUCCAGUGGAACCGCUCUACCUUUGGAACCCACCAAUGACCAGACAUCAGCCAGAGGCAGCCCUGGCCCCUCCUGCGCCUCCUUCCACUUGGGUGGGGCUGCCAUUUCCCAAGCACCCCUCCUCCAGCAGGGUGGACCCCCAAGGCCCCGGCCACCGGACAGGGACUCUGCCCGGGCACCGUGCGAUGCUCGCGGGUCCAAAGCCUUUCUGUGCCGAUCGCUCUCAGAGACCACGUCUCCCCGUUUGUUGAGAAGAAUCACCAUCAAUCCCGAAAACCUGGCCCAGCCCCUUGGUAGCAUUCGAGCUCUCAGUCCUGUGCCACAGAUCCCCGGAUGUGCCAGACUUUCCCCCUUAAAAGACGUCAGCUUGGCAAAAUGAUGCUUAAAAAAUGAGUUAAGCAUUCAGGAGAAAACACUUUCAAUACUCCUUUUGUUGUCUCUUCUGUUCAAAUCAUUUUUCUCUCUUUUUCCCCUGCAUGAGUUAGCUUUCAGGCGCCCCAGGGAAACCAGGCCGUUUGAAUCUGCCCAGGCAGCGCUCUGGAAUUGAUUCUGGGCUCAGGGCACCUACAAGGGGAACUUGGAGGAGAGCCUCCUCUCCCCUGGGCAUUUGCCGGUUCUUGUGUUCUGUUAUAGAAGAUGGAACAGGAGUCCUCUGGCCUCCAGGACCUGGUGAGCCCAUACUGCUGUCAGCGGGAAGGACAGAAGAGCAGAUGCCCCACCCCCAGCAGUGCUGGCUAAAAUCCCCCCCAGGCCCUGCUGGAAGAUGAAACGACCCCGAACGGGCUAUGCCCAGCCCGGUGCAUCGUCGGAACCAGGGAGCACGGCCUUGCCACCUGGAAGGGGCUUCACAGCCACACGACUCCCUGUCCUUCUCUCCGGUCAGGGCCACACAGUCCUGUGUGGAAUCCUCCAACAUUCCCUCACGAGCUCCUCCAUGGGCCCACCAACUUGCUGGUGAGGGAGGCCCACGUGUGUUUGACCAGAGUGCCCUCGUAUUGCAGUUUCUCAGGUUACCAGCACCCUGUGCAGAAAAUUUCCAGAGUCCUCAGCCUUUGCGCCUCCAGAUGGAAAACGUUCUCCUCGUAUCAGAGUAUCUUGCUUCCCCCCUUUGAGUCCUGGGGUGCCUGUCUUCUGAAUGUGCCGAGGUCUGAGCAAGCUUUAAAACGUGAAAGCUCAGUGUCAGGGGUUAGAAAGCCUUCUUUCUGGGCUCUAAUGCAGCUGCAGAUCCCACAAUCAUGCCAUGAAGAUCAUCCCCCAACUCCCUCUUCUCUCAAGAAAUCUUCACAGGACUCUCCCGUUGCAGAGCACAGGCUCCGGACGCGCAGGCUCAGCGGCCAUGGCUCACGGGCCCAGCCGCUCCGCGGCAUGUGGGAUGUUCCCGGA